CGAGGCUCCUCCUCAACAACAGUUCUCCACUUCCGACGAGAAGCUGCCACAUUGAAGAGGAACAAAACGACGACCUGACAGCGGUUUCUGCUCUCUCGCCACUUUCUCCGGGAUUUCAAUGUUCAGCCUGCUCUUUGGUUUCCGUGUUGACUUGAGCCGUACCUAUAUGGCGUGUGUGAGCGGAGAAUUUUGCCAGGCACAGCACCUCACCUCAGUGGAGAAGUGAAUCGGCCGCCCCCCAAGGGACUACGCUACCCAGAAACCCCCCUGACUGCCAGCGCACUAGGAACUGCAGACCCGACUAAAGCCCCCCCUCCUGGAAAUUGCGUAGUCCUUGGACCGACCACCCUGACCUGUCCCAACCAAUACGAAAAAGCUUUGCUCUCUACUUUCUCCUUGAACAGCCAAUCACAAACAGCUCUCCUGAAUGGGCCGUCUCGCCAACAUGAACCGCCCCGCUGCAGUCGAGAUUGCCUAUGAGUGCAUGAGGUUCCUUAUCACCCACAACCCUACCAAUGCCACGCUCAACAAGUUCACUGAGGAGCUGAAAAAGUUUGAGGUGAAUACAUUGGUUAGAGUUUGUGAUGCCACCUACGAUAAGGCUCCAGUAGAGAAAGAGGGGAUACAGGUCCUGGACUGGCCCUUCGAUGAUGGUGCCCCUCCUCCCACCCAGAUUGUGGACGACUGGCUCAAGCUGCUCAACAACAAGUUUCGAGAGGAGCCUGGCUGCUGCAUCGCUGUCCAUUGUGUGGCAGGGCUUGGCCGAGCUCCAGUCUUGGUGGCCUUAGCCCUCAUUGAGUGUGGGAUGAAGUAUGAAGACGCUGUGCAGUUCAUAAGGCAGAAGAGACGUGGAGCCUUCAACUCCAAACAGCUCCUUUACCUCGAGAAAUACAGACCCAAGAUGCGUCUGCGGUUCAAGGAUACCAACGGCCACAUCUGCUGUGUGCAGUAAGGCUACCUGUCAGUGCAUCUUACUUAUGUGCAUCUAGUGGGGAAUCUUCUGACAGGGGAAGAUUUAAAAAAAAAAAAAAAAAAUGAAUUAAAAAAAUGAAGAGCGUGCUAUCAGUAAUUAUUGUGAUGAUUUGUUAACACUGAGUCAUGGUUAAUUGAUCAGAGAGCAAGUGAGUGAUGUAAUGAAUGAAUCCAGAUCUGGGAUCCACCAGCUGAACCAAUGAAUGGAAGGUCAAAGCACACAGAAAAGGCCCCGCCUCCCGGUUACACUGUACAACCACGGGCCAAAAUCUUUUUAACUUGAGUCCAUCCUGUAUUUUUUUUUUUUCCAGUUGUAAUCAUGGGAUACCGUUUUCCAUUUUGUGAAUUUUUUUUUUUACACAAACAGGUGAUAAAAAGAUGUUAUGUUGAAUGAUAUUAUGAUUUUUAUUUCCACCAAUUAAUGAUAUUAUGAUUAGACCAGAAUAAUGUACCUUUUUAAAAAAGCAUUUUUAAACUCAAACACGUUGUGAUUGUCCAUUUUGGUAUUGGGUGUUUUUUUGUUUUGCAUGAAGAUUCAAAGGUUCACCUGACAAUGCAGUAAUGUUUUACCCUUCACUUGCUAAGUCACUUUCAGUUUAGGGGUUCACUAAGUUUGAAUAUGUCUGCAAUAUUUAUUCACAAGAUAUUCUAUGUGUGAGAGUUUGGCAGGGGCAUGGACACUUUGUCAUCCAAUAGUUUUUCUUUGUUUUGUUUUUUUAGCCUUGAGAGCCAUGUUAUUUUACUUUUAAUUUUGUUGGAGUGCAAUAACCAGUCCACCUCGAAUAAGCCCACCAAACCCUGCUGAGCGUCUUACCCACAUGCACACCUACACGCACACACACACACACACACACACACAUACACAUCCAGACAGUUCAACAGGAAAUAAAAUACAGACGUAACUCCUACAACAGGUACUUCUCCUGCUUUCAUUCAUUCUCUGUAAUGGGUCUACUAUAGGAUUUCCCUAAAUAUGCAUAUUUAAACUCACACAGAGCCUAAGAUUCAAUCUGAAAGACAA